AAAGGCCAUGGAUGCCGCGUACAUGGUGUGAUACAUCGCGGAUUUUAAUGCCAACUAUUGUCGCAAACUAUCUCAGGCACAUUUCCUCUUGUUUAGCCUAAAAAAUGUCGGCUGCUACACAGAAAAAGGAGGUGAAGGUACCAUUCACUAAAGCUUACAAAAGGUUAUUUUGUAAGGCUGUAUUUGUCGGAUACAAAAGAGGUUUAAGAAGACAAUAUGAAAGCACAUCUUUAUUAAGAAUUGAUGGAGUCAACACAAAAAAAGACACCAGUUUUUACUUGGGAAAGAAAUGUGCUUAUGUAUACAGAGUUAAAAAAACUACUUCAACCCCUGGUAAAAGAGCAGAACAUAAAGUAAAGGUAAUCUGGGGCAAAGUUACUCGACCUCAUGGAUGCAGUGGUACAGUUAGAGCUAAAUUCAGGACCAAUUUACCUAGUAAGGCUAUUGGACAUAGAAUCAGAGUGAUGCUGUACCCAUCCAGAAUUUAAAUCUUUAAAAAAAUAAAAUUAAAAAAACUCAAUAA